AUGAUUGAUCUGCAAAGCACAGAGGAUGGUGGAGGUGGUUGUGGCCACGUGGACAUAUUGAGCACAGAGGAGCUAGAGUGUAAGAUCUGCUACUGUGUGUACAACCUGGGGAGUCGCAGGCCGAAGGUGCUCGAGUGCUGCCACCGUCUGUGCGCCAAAUGCCUCACUAAGAUUCUGGACUUGGGUGAGUCACCUCCUAACGCUGUUGUGUGCCCCUUCUGCCGCUACCUUACCAAACUGCCAGGAGAGGCAGUGAGCAGCCUGCCAGAUGACUGCAAUCUGGUGGCGGCGCUGGCCGUCCAAAGCAGAAAUCAGAGGAACUUCCACUUCCACCAGGAGGCGGCCACAGAACUGCUCCUCAGCCCCAGGCGCCUGAGCUCACUGAUGGGUAGCAACCCACCUGUGACAUCCCCUUCCUCCUCCUCCUCUUCCUCCACUUCUUCCUCCACCAGCUACUCCUCCAUCCGUGGCUCCCCUAACUUUGUGGUUAUUACCAUCAUGGAGCCUCCCCCGGUGCCUGCAUCCAUCCAAGACCACCAUCUUUACUACCAGCCAAGUGGAUCCCACACAUCAAACCGGGGCUACCGCUCAUCCAGUCUAGACUCCAUGACAUCUAUCACGCAGAGGUGGACGGUGUGGAACUGUGCAGCUCUCCUGUGCCAGACCUCGGCCCGGGCGCUGGUGUGGGUGCUGGGGCUGCUGUACUUCAGCUCUCUGCCCAUGGGGGUUUACCUGCUCAUCAUGCAGAGGACAAUUCUCGGGGUGCUGCUAGUGAGCCUGGUUCCUGCCAGCCUCGUCAUGAUCAUGGUCUAUGGGUUCUGCCAGUGUAUCUGCCAUGAGUUGUGGGACUGCAUACCGCCAUAA